AUGAAAGAGGUCAAUCUAAACAUUCCCGCUACUUCGACUGAAGAUUGGAGAGACAAGUUCCCAUUGACAACUGUGACCCACCUCUCAUCUCAUGCAUCGGAUCAUGCACCUAUCAUUCUUCAAACACGAACGGACAGGAAGUUUCAGAAUAGAAGGAACUAUGGGUUUAAGUUCGAGGAAUCUUGGCUUCUCUGGAAUGACUGUGAAGAAGUUGUUAAGGACGCCUGGGAGAAAAGUUCUAAUGGAGGUUCCGCACUUGCAAUUACAAAGAAGAAGAUUGAGACAUGUGGGGCUGAGUUGCGAACUUGGGGAGCAUCGAAAACGCAUCCUGAUUCAGAGGAAAUAAAAAGACUUCAGAAGCGGGUUGAGGAACUAAACUCUGCUGAUUGUACCGUGGAGAACAGAGCAGAAUUCCUAGAAGUGAGCAAGUGCCUGGAUAAUCUCUUAAGACAGCAGGAGAUUUACUGGCAUCAACGAUCUCGAAUUCCUUGGUUGAAGCAUGGUGACAAGAAUUCAAAGUUUUUUCAUUUUAAAGCUUCACAGCGGAGGCGGAGGAAUUUUAUACAAGGAAUUAGAGACUUAGAAAAUAAUUGGGUGGAGGAACAGGAGGAUAUCGCUGAUGUGGCGACCAACUACUUUGGGGAUUUGUUUAGUGCAGGGGUGUGUGACCAAAUUGGAGAAUGUCUAAAUGCAGUCCCUCACAAGGUUACUGAUGAUAUGCGGCAAACUUUGUCCAAUGAAUUCACUGCAAAUGAGAUAAAGGAAGCUUUGUUUCAAAUGGGACCCACAAAAGCUCCUGGACCCGAUGGUAUGAGUGCCCUUUUCUAUCAAAAAUUUUGGCACAUUGUUGGUGAUAAUGUAAUCUCUGCUGUGUUGGAUUUUUUUAAUUCUGGUGUUUUGGAGCCUGAAAUAAAUCAUACCAAUAUCGUGUUGAUUCCCAAGGUAAUGGCCCCUGAAAAAAUGUCGGAUUUUCGACCUAUUAGCUUAUGCAAUGUGAUUUAUAAAAUCAUAUCGAAGGUGUUGGCUAACAGGUUAAAGCAAGUUCUUCCACAUAUUAUUUCUUCCACUCAAAGUGCUUUUGUUCCGGGUCAUCUUAUUACUGACAAUGUGUUGGUGGCAUGUAAAACCUUACAUUCCAUGCGUGGGAGGAGGAAAGGAAAAACAGGUUUGCUUGCUCUGAAAUUAGACAUAAGCAAAGCUUAUGAUCGAGUGGAAUGGGCAUUCUUGAAGGGUAUUAUGGUAAAAUUGGGCUUCCCAGAUAAUUGGAUAAAUUGGGUGAUGACAUGUGUGAGUACUCCUACUUUUUCUGUCCUUAUUAAUGGCAAACCUUUUGGACAUAUUACUCCAUCUAGAGGGCUCCGUCAAGGGGAUCCCCUUUCGCCUUAUUUGUUUCUCCUAUGUGCAGAAGGUUUUUCUUCUUUACUGUUUCAAGCAGAGGUUGAGGGGCGCCUACAUGGGGUUUCUAUUUGCAAGCGAGCACCAAGAAUCUCCCAUCUACUUUUUGCUGAUGACUCUUUGCUCUUCUGCCAGGCUACCCAAAAGGAAGUUAAUGAGGUUAAUGGGAUCCUACAAACAUAUGCAAGUGCAUCGGGGCAAUGCAUUAAUUUGGAGAAAUCAUCGAUUUUGUUUAGUAGUAAUACACCUGAAACACAAAAGGAGUGGACUAAGGCGACCUUAGGAGUGAAGGAGGUGGAGUACUUUGAAUCUUACUUGGGCUUGCCUACUUUUAUAGGGCGUGCAAAAUACCAGACCUUUGCUUUUAUAAAGGAUAGAGUCUGGAAAAAACUACAAGGUUGGAAAGGAAAAUUACUCUCUAGAGCGGGUAAAGAAGUGUUAAUCAAGGCGGUGGCUCAAUCCAUCCCGACCUACACAAUGGGGGUAUUCCAGUUACCGGUAAAGCUAUGUAAUGAACUCAGUGCGAUGUGUGCAAGGUUUUGGUGGGGGCAAGUGGAGAACGAAAGGAAGAUACAUUGGAAGAGUUGGGGAGUGCUAUCUCAGGCCAAGAAGGAUGGUGGGAUGGGCUUUCGGGAUCUAAGGGCUUUCAUUUUGGCUUUGUUGGCUAAGCAAGGGUGGAGAUUGAUGCAAAGCCAUGACUCUCUUUUAUAUCAAUGCUUCAAAUAUCGAUACUUCCCACGGUGUAAUUUUUUGGAGGCUAGUGAUUCACCAAAUAGCUCUUUUGUCUGGAAGAGCUUAAUGGCAGCCAUGCCUAUUUUAAAACAAGGGUGCUGUUGGAGAGUCGGGGAUGGGUCCUCAAUUAGAGUCAUGGAGGACAGAUGGAUUAUAAACUAUCCAACCAAUAAGGUCCUUCACCCUCCAGAAGAACAGGAUUGGGAAUGGAGAGUAUCUGACCUCAUAGAUCAGACGUCCAGGAGUUGGGAUAGGGAGCUGGUUUGGUCAAAAUUUCAUAGGGAUGACGCUGAAGCGAUAUGCCGGAUUCCACUGAGCCAUCGAAAUGUUUCGGAUUCACUACUUUGGCUUCACACCAAGGAUGGUCGGUACUCGGUAAGGUCAGGGUAUUAUUUGGCUAGACAAAUUUUAAGGUCUGAUAAUUGGGCUGAAUGUUCCUCAGGGUGUAGUGGCCGUGAUGUGUGGGAGAAGCUGUGGAAGUUGAAGGUUCCGAAUAAAAUAAAAGUCUAUGGGUGGAGGGCUUGUCAAGAUAUUUUGCCCACAAGGGCAAACUUGGCUCGAAGGAAAAUAUUGGAAGAUGAGCACUGUGAAGUAUGCAAGACAGCUCUGGAGACUGGAAUUCAUGCUUUAUGGGAAUGUCCGGUGGCCCAGGAUGUUUGGUCUGGUAGUUUGGUGAGACUGCAGAAAUGUACCCAAGGUUACGAUGAUGUGUUACAACUUUUUGGGGAGUUACUCAACCGUUUGUCUAGAGAGGAGUUUGAAUUAUUUUUGACUCUGUCAUGGGUUAUUUGGAAUCAGAGAAACGCCGUAAUACAUGGGGGGAAGAUUAAAGAUCCUGGACAGCUGUGUAAACGAGCAGAGGUUUACUUACUUGAGUACCGUCAAGCACAAGACCAGCUCUCAAUACCGAGUAGACAGCAGAGUGUGACUCAGUGGCAGCCCCCUCCUAUCGAUCGCUAUAAACUGAACUUUGAUGCUGCCAUCUUCACGGAAUUGGGUUGCUCAGGAUUUGGUGCGAUUGUUCGGAAUGAGCGGGGAGAAGUCAUGGCGGCCUUGUCUGUUAAAGGACCUCUGGUUUGGAAUAGUGAAGAAGCUGAAGCACUUGCAUGUCGAAGAGCAGUGGAGUUUGCCAUUCAUGCUGGCUUUGCUGAAUUGAUGAUUGAAGGAGAUAAUGUGAAUGUUAUGAAAGCGGUAUGCUCCAACAGUAUGGACAAGUCUAGGUUGGGUCAUGUUUUCCAGGAUAUCCAAUGUCUUGUACACGGUCUGAGAUGGAGUUCUGUCAGUUGUGUUAAGCGGGGUGCUAAUGGCGUAGCACAUUCCUUAGCUCGCUUUGCCCGUUAUGUAUCUGAGGAAACAAUCUGGUUAGAGGAGUGUCCUCCUCUAGCUAGUGAUGCUCUGUACCAAGAUUUGUUAAGUUUAAAUUGA